CCAAAUAUCUAAUUGUGACGUACGUUCGAUUUUUCUAAGCACAUAUUUAACGUUUUUGACAUAUUUCUAAGUUUAUUUAACAGACAAUUUCAUCAACUAAUAAAAAAGAUUGUGCAAGUUUUAUUUCCACUGUAAUUCAAGAUCGCUCACUGAUCAUAUCAGAUGAUGAAUUGUUCCUCAAAACUAUUUUGCUUCUUAUUUCUUAUAACAAUUCUGACGCCCCUUUUAUUCACCCCCAACGUUGCACAAUUAGAUAGCUGUACCGAGAGAGCUGAAUACUGCUGGAACUGUACCUCCGAAGACGGCAAUCUCACCGAUGCUAGCACUAUCUACAAACAAAACCUCAACCGCCUCCUGACCUCCUUCGUAUCAGAAACCAAUAACAAUUACGGGUUCUACAAUUCUUCCUUGGGACAAAACCCUGACAAAGUUAACGCAAUUGCACUCUGCAGAGGAGACGUUGUACCAAACGAGUGUCGGGAUUGUAUAAACGAGUGUACGAGGCUUUUGAUGAAUUGUCCCGACCGAAAGGAAGCGAUCAUUUGGGGCGAGCGCUGUUUGGUGCGCUACUCCAACAGCUCCAUAUUUUAUAAGAAGAAAGAAGCCCCAUUCAGGUUGCUGCCCAGCCCCAAUCCAUCGGUGGCCGGCGCGGAACAGUACAAGAAGACGCUCGAUCCUUUAUUAGAAAGGCUAAUAAGUAAAGCUUCAUCGGGAGAUUCUCUUAGAAAGUUUGCAUAUGGUAAUACAAAGGUCCCGGAUGCUGAAGACAUAUAUGCACUUGUACAGUGCACGCCAGAUUUGAGCCAACAAGAUUGCAGCGAUUGCUUGGUGAGUUCUACUUUGCAAAUUCCAGGUUGUUGUGCUGGAAAAAGUGGAGGAAGAGUUCUUAAACCCAGCUGUACUCUCAGGUAUGAGUAUGGUGCUUUCUACAGUGUGUCCCCAUACGGCGGUCUACCACCACCACAUGAAAAUAGUGACACAGAACGAACUGUUGUGAUCAUUAUUGUUGUGUUGACUGCCGUUGUCAUCAUUGUACUAACAACAAUCGGCAUAUACGUUUUCUUCAAAAGGAGGAAAGCGAAGAAAAAGUUUCAGACUCCCGAGGACAUUGAUGGGUUGGAAUGUCUGCAAUUCGACUUUGGCGUUAUAAAAGCAGCAACAGAUAAUUUUUCUGAUGCAAAUAAGCUUGGUGAAGGUGGAUUUGGAGCUGUUUACAAAGGAAGGCUAUCUAAUGGGCAGUAUGUGGCUGUGAAAAGGCUCUCUAAGACAUCCCAACAGGGUGAUCUUGAGUUUAAGAAUGAGGUUAAAUUAGUUGCCAAUCUCCAACAUCGGAAUCUGGUUAGGCUUUUUGGUUUUUCUUUGGAUGAAAGAGAAAGUGAAAGGCUUCUUGUCUAUGAGUUUGUCCCUAACGCAAGUCUUAAUCAAUUUAUAUUUGAUCCAAUUAAACAAAGAGAUUUAGAUUGGAGUAAACGUUACAAAAUUAUAGAAGGCAUUGUUCGAGGACUGCUUUAUCUUCAUGAAGAUUCUCGUCUUAAAAUUAUUCAUCGUAAUCUUAAAUCAAAUAACAUUCUAUUAGAUGAAGAAAUGAACUCUUAAAUUGCUGAUUUUGGAAUGGCAAGGUUGUCUAAAGUUGAUCAAACUCAAGAAAGAACAAAUCGAAUUGUGGGAACAUAUGGAUAUAUGGCACCUGAGUAUGCAAUGCAUGGACAAUUUUCGAUUAAAUCGGAUGUCUAUAGUUUUGGAGUGUUGCUCUUGGAGAUAAUAAGUGGGCAGAAAAAUACUUGUUUAGAUCAAGAAGAUAACGCAACGGAUCUUCUAAACCAUGCAUGGAUGAAUUGGAAGGAGGGCACAGCUUUAAAUAUUGUGGAUCCUACAAUGAGAGAUGGCUCAACAAGUGAGAUAAUGAGAUGCAUCCACAUUGCAUUAUUGUGCGUGCAAGAAAAUCACGCUGAUAGACCCACCAUGAAUUCAGUUGUUACGAUGCUUAAUAGCCACUCUCUCUCUCUCCCACAACCCUCACAUCCUCCUCUUUUGAUGCAUGGCAGCCGUGAAUAUGACAUGCCGCUAGCAUCCGAUCACAGUUUCAGGCUUCAUCAAUUAGAUAUGACGAAAUCAAAGACAAUGUCUAAUUGCAGCAACUCAGCAAAGGAGGCUUCAACUAGUAGCCAAUCUAGCCAGUAGCUGUGGCCGAACAUUAAUGAAUCAAACAGUAAUUGAAUAUGUUUUUGGAUUAAAAAACCUUUUAUCUUUGUCUACUCUCUUAUUCAAUAUUUUAUUAGCAUGAAAUUUUAAAGCUUAGAUAAUAAUGCUUU